AUGGAGAAACACAUUUCCCUAUUGAUUCUUCUCUUUCUACUUCAAUUUUCUAUAUCAAUUGCUUCCUCAAAUGAGACUGACCAACAAGCUCUACUAGCUUUCCAAAAUCUUAUUACAAGUCCCAAUCGUUUUUUGGCCAAUAAUUGGACCAAAAAUACUUCUUUUUGCUCUUGGUUUGGUGUCACUUGCACUCCAAAAAGACAAAGGGUUGUGGCCUUGGCUCUUCCUAAUUUGCAGCUUCAAGGCACAAUUUCCCCGUCUUUGGCCAAUUUGACUUUUCUCAGAGAGCUCAAUCUCGAGAACAACAGCUUCCAUGGUGACAUCCCUUAUGGACUUGGCCACUUGCCUCGCUUACGAAUCAUUGAUAUUCAAAACAAUCAGCUCAACGGAAGUAUACCAACAAGUCUAUUUCAAAACCAGAGAGUUCAAGUAAUUUCAUUGGCUUUCAAUGAACUCGGUGGUGAAAUGUGGAAAGAUCCGUGGUAUGUACCCAAACUUAGGGUCUUAAAUCUCAGGAACAAUAGCCUCACAGGUAUAAUCCCUCCUUAUGUUGGAAAUGCCACAAGAUUGAUGAACUUCGAUUUGUCUGGGAAUAGAAUCAAUGGUAACAUUCCAGUGGAGAUCGGUAAUCUUAGCCAACUUACAGAGUUGUUCUUGUUCGAUAAUNACAAUAGCCUCACAGGUAUAAUCCCUCCUUAUGUUGGAAAUGCCACAAAAUUGAUGAACUUCGAUUUGUCUGGGAAUAGAAUCAAUGGUAACAUUCCAGUGGAGAUCGGUAAUCUUAGCCAACUUACAGAGUUGUUCUUGUUCGAUAAUCAAUUAACAGGUUCCAUUCCUGCAACACUGUUUAAUAUCUCGUCGCUACUUUCUUUAUCCCUGGGACUCAAUAGCCUCUCUGGCCCUCUCUUGCUUGAAGGAAAUAUUGUCUCCAAUCUGAGCUUUUUAAGUAUAUUUCACAACCAAAUUUCUGGUUGCAUCCCUUCCAACAUAUGCCAACUCACAGAGCUCAAAGUUUUGGCCAUAUUUUACAACACCAUAACUGGAGAAAUACCCCAAAAUAUUAGUUGCUUAGCAAAGCUCGAGAUAUUCUACAUUGGUGAAAAUGCAAUAAGUGGGACUAUUCCCACUUCAUUGGGAAAUAUUUCCACUCUGCAAUACCUUUAUUGUGAAAGCAGUAGAAUGGAGGGGCAAAUUCCUCAAGAAUUAGGGAAGCUAUCAAAUUUGAGGGAAUUAACCUUUGCCAAUAAUUCUAAUCUUAUUGGUCUAAUUACAGAAGCUAUUUUCAACAUAUCUUCUUUGGAAAUGAUUGACUUAAGUAUCAACAGCCUCUCGGGGAGAAUUCCAGCCACUACAGGUCUUCAUCUUUCGAACCUUGUAGAACUUCACUUGGGAGACAAUCAGCUCGAAGGGGAAAUUCCAUUGCUCAUAACAAAUGCUUCCAAACUUGAGUUGUUGACGCUAGAAAACAACUUUCUCACGGGAACUAUUCCCACUGAUUUGGGAAAUCUUCGUGAGCUGCGUAUACUGCUCCUACAUACUAAUCAACUUACCAAUGAACCAAGAGAGCGUGAGUUGUUAUUCUUCAAUUCUUUGGCGAAAUGUGGGAUGCUGAAAUAUCUAUCAGUGGGUUACAAUCCGUUGAAUGGUAUUCUGCCCAAUUCAAUUGGGAAUCUUUCAUCUACUAUACAAAACAUUGAAAUAGGAGAUGCACUCAUCAAUGGACUCAUCCCCACAAGUAUAGGCAACAUGAGCGGUCCAAUCACCCUAGUCUUUCAAGAUAACAACUUGGCAGGAAAUAUUCCUUCUGAGAUUGGGAUUCCAGAGGCUGUAUGCCAUUUAUCUAAUUUGGUUAAAUUAACUCUUGAUCUUAAUGAGCUCUCUGGAUUAAUUCCAGAAUGUUUAGGAAAUCUUAGCAAGCUACAGUUGAUUUCUUUGAGUUCUAACAAAUUAUCUUCAACCUUUCCUUUGAGCCUUUGGAAAAUGAGUGGUCUUCUCUUUCUAAACGCGUCACUAAACUCUAUAGAGGGAGAAGUUCCAUCAGAUAGUGGAGAACUGAAAGCCAUUUUAGCUCUAGAUCUUUCCAGUAACCACUUUUCAGGCAUGCUACCCAGCACAUUUGGCAACCUCCAAAACUUGAGGUUCCUUUAUCUGUCGAACAAUUCAUUUUUAGGCCCAAUUCCUUUAUCCUUUGCCAACUUAAUAAGCAUGGAAUUCUUGGAUUUGUCUUUAAAUGCCUUGUCAGGUACUAUUCCUAAGUCCUUGGAAAAACUCUUGUACCUUAAAGACUUCAAUGUUUCAUUUAAUGAUUUAGAAGGCGAAAUACCCAGUGGUGGUGUGUUUGCAAAUUCCACUAUACAAUCAUAUCUUAGGAAUAGAGGUCUAUGUGGAAUGCACAUAUUGGAGAUUCCUACUUGUGCUAACAAUAAUCCUAGAAAACGAUCAAAGCUUAAGGAGGUUGUGCUACAAGUUGCUACUCCAGUGGUUAUUUCAUCCUUUCUGAUAUUCUUGUUCGUUUCAAUUUGGAUAAUGAAACGACAAAAGAAAGGAAAGUCCAAAGAUGUGGAGAAGGUACCAGAGAUUGGGACUCAUCAAUUAGUUUCUUAUCACGAGAUUCAAAGAGCAACAAAUAAUUUUGAUGAAUCCAAUUUAAUUGGUGAGGGAAGCUCUGGCUCUGUGUACAAAGGCGCAUUGUUUGGUGGAACUGCAGUGGCCAUUAAGGUCCUGGAUUUGGAAAAUGAGCAAGUAUGCAAGAGGUUUGAUACUGAAUGCGAAGUGAUGAGAAAUGUUAGACACAGAAAUCUUGUUCCAGUGAUUACUGUUUGUUGUAGUGACUAUAUAAGAGCCUUUGUUCUGCGAUAUUUGCCCAACGGGAGUCUUGAGAAUUGGUUGUACAGAGAAGAUUGCCACUUGAAUCUUCAUCAAAGAGUCACCAUAAUGCUUGACAUGGCAAUGGCAAUUGAUUAUCUACAUCAUGGUCAUGUCACUCCAAUAGUUCAUUGCGACUUAAAGCCAGCCAACGUUCUUUUGGAUGAAGAUAUGGUGGCUCAUGUUGGUGAUUUUGGCAUCUCUAAAAUUUUAGCCAUAAGUAAGUCCAUGGCACAUACCGAGACAUUGGGCACUCUUGGAUACAUGGCACCAG